AUGACCAGCUCGGCCUACACUCUGGAUGAGGUCAGUACGCAGGGUUCGAACUUCGAAGUAGGUCAACAGCCUACACACUGGGAUGUGCAUUGGGCUAAAGUUAGCCUCCCUACAGGAAGGACGGACUUACAUCCGUGGAACGCAUACGCUCGAACUAAGGCCGCCUGCAUCUUAUUCGCAGUUGCUGUUGUAGAUAAUCUUGGCACCAAGGGCGUGACCAGCUUCGCAGUCGAUCCGGGCAGUAAGUUCUGA